CUAACCGCUGCGUGCACAUCCGGUCUCUUCAGCAAGUUUCUGGCUGUGCAAUCAGUCGUACACUUAAUAAGAAGCUGAAAUUCACAUUGAAGAUCAUACUGCAUGAGAUGGACAAAGACAACCGAGACGACUUUACCUUCGCGAAACUCAGCGAUCUGAAGCUGCCGGUCACAUUCCGCAUAUCACAACUAGAGGGCACGCGUAAGCCUCACUCGUAUACGGAACUCCUGGAAAACCCAGAGUUGCGUUUCCACGGCGUGCAACAAUCACCGGAACUCUCCGACCUCUAUGUCACCUGUCAGCUGGUCGCGGACAACAAGCCGCUUACAAUACCGUUCCGGACUUCGCACAAGGCGUUCAAGAAAGAUUACACAUGGAAUGAGUGGAUCACAUUUCCUAUACGCUACUGCGACCUUCCUUUGAGUGCUCAGGUUACGUUUACUGUGUGGGACAUCGCUGGUCCCAGGUCGGCCUUGCCGGUAGGCGGUUCAACUUUUCGGCUGUUUGGGAAGAAAUGGAGCCUCAGGAGAGGGAAGCAUCGAUUAAUGUUAUGGCGCGACCGAGAGGCCGACGGCUCGGUAGAUACCACGACUCCCAGUAAGGUAGAAACCAGAGACGAGAUGGGGAGAUUGGAGAAGCUCGUGAAAAAGUAUGAACGCGGCGACAUGCCAAAGUCGGACUGGCUCGACGCUAUGACAUUUCGCAAGAUGGCAGAGAUUCACGCAGCAGAAACUGAGAAGUCCGAGAACUUAUUCUUGUACAUCGAUCUGCCCCGUUUUGACUUCCCAGUCAUCUUCUGUGAACCUGAUGCCUCAACUAUUCCGUCCACGUCCACAGUGGUUGCACAGACGUCGACCCCUGCUCCAGCUGCGCCGCAGUCCAGCUUUGCGACAGAUCCGUCACUAUGGGCUGUCAUCGAUCCUGAGGUCGCGCGUGAGAAUCCAGUGGAAGACAAGCAUCGGCGCCUCGUUCGGAGCCAUCGAAGUAGCCCAUACGACAGGGAACUUAAGCCCAACGCAAAGAUACGGGAUGAAAUCUCAGAUAUCCUCAACUACGCGCCAAGCCAGCCGCUGACCUCUGAGGAGAAGGAUCUGAUCUGGAAAUUCCGCUUCUAUCUCACGAGAGACAAGCGUGGGCUCACCAAGUUCCUCAAGUCCGUGACCUGGCGUGAUCCAUCGGAGGUCAAACAGGCGGUGGAGGAGCUGCUACCGCAGUGGACGGAGAUUGACACGGAUGACGCGCUGGAACUGCUGGGGCCAAAUAUCGUCGACUCACGCGUGCGAGCAUUCGCUGUGAAGCAGCUGAGCAGAGCCGAUGACGAGGAGCUGUUGUUGUACCUAUUGCAGCUAGUGCAAGCGCUCAAGUUCGAGAGCGCCGCGAGCGACCAGAGGUCGUCGCGCUCGACAUCGAGCGCAAUCUCAUACGAUGACAGCGGUCUCGCAGACUUCCUUAUUACGCGCGCUGUUCGGAAUCCGAUCCUGGGGAAUCGCUUCCAUUGGUAUCUCAUGGUUGAGGUUGCUAUUGAGGACCCCGUCAUGGCGAAGAUGUACGGCAGAGUUGUGUUCAAGUUCAUGGAGAAACUGGUUGAGUCGGAGGGUGGCCAAGAGAGACGAGACCUCAUGCGCCGACAGGGCGAACUUGUCGACACACUCGCUAAACGGGCAAGGGACCUCCGCACGUCGAAAGAUCCCCGCCCGAAGAAGAUCGAGAAGCUCCGCGCGUUUCUCGCCGAGUCUAAGAAUAACCUAGCAUCGAUGCCGCCUCUACCCCUCCCACUCAAUGCGCGUGUGCAAGUGACGGGCAUCAUCGCGGAGAAGUCGAGCGUGUUCAAGUCGAACAUGUUCCCGAUGCUGCUGUAUUUUCAAUGCGUCGAUGGGUCCGAAUACCCGCUCAUCUUCAAGGACGGUGACGACAUGCGGCAGGACCAGCUCAUCAUUCAGCUGUUUACGCUGAUGGACCGGCUGCUGCGGAAGGAGAACCUUGAUCUGCGGCUGAGCCCGUACGAUGUGCUCGCGACCGGACCAACGCAGGGCAUGGCGCAGUUCAUUCCGAGCAAGACGAUUGCGGCGAUCGUGAGCGAGUAUGGGACGCUGUUGAAUUAUCUGCGGGCGCAUUAUCCGGAUGAGGGCAGUGUAGGCACGUAUGGUGUCGAGCCGGGAGUGAUCGACACGUUUGUGAGGAGCUGCGCUGGAUAUUGUGUCAUGACUUAUCUGCUUGGCGUUGGAGACAGACACCUGGAUAAUUUGCUACUGGCACCUGAUGGUCAUUUUUUCCAUGUUGACUUUGGGUAUAUCCUCGGACGAGAUCCCAAGCCGCUCGCACCGCCCGUUAAAGUCUGCAAGGAGAUGGUUGACGCAAUGGGCGGUGUGCAGUCCGUGCACUACUCGCGCUUCAAGAAUUUCUGCUUCACGGCAUUCACGAUCCUGCGGAAGAGCGCGAACCUCAUUCUCAACCUCGUCACACUCAUGGUCGACGCGAACAUCCCGCACAUCAAGCACCGCGACGUGCACGAGCAGGUGCUGGGCAAAUUCUGCCUCGAGAUGACGGAGGAGCAGGCGAUCGAGCAUUUCGAGAAGCUGUUGAAUGAUAUCUCGCCGUUUACAGUUGUACUGGACAGGAUGCAUGAUUGGGCACAGUAUUGGCGGAGCUAGGAGCCCACAAGCUCGAUGUACUAUAUCGGUGUGGAUACAGUAGCUUGUUAUACAAUACUUACCACAUGCGGGGGCAGUCGGGGGUAGCGGGGUCAGCAGGUUCAGUUUGCGUUUAUUUGAAAAUUCGGAGGACAUGCCAUACAUGCCAUACAUGCGUUGUGAACCGCUUUGACAAAUUAUGCCGGGAUAUUACCUUCGAGGUCUGUUCUGUUCGCUUGUACAUGGGGGCGAAGAGAAUUGUCGCGACAAUUUAUGAUAUGCAUUUGGUUAAAGAAGCUGGUGCAGCAGUCGCUUAACCGUAGAGAUAGC